UAAGCAAAGAGAGUUUAAGCCUCCACAAACGCACUUCGAAUUCUCUUCCUUAUUUUAAUCGACAUGAUUAUCAUGUGAACAACACCUCUCAAUAUAAUUCUUUUCUGUUGGGAGAACACUAAUUAAUCAAGUGUUGCUAUUAUUUUGGUCUCCGAUAGUAUAACCCCUUCCCCGUCACACACAGCACACUGAAACUCACAAGAAUGGAAACAAAAUGGCAUGAACAGAAAGAAGAUAACAUCUUUGAUGAGGAAACCGUUGAUUGGAGAGGCAGACCCUCCGAUCCCACAAAACAUGGAGGAAUGAGAGCUGCUGCCUUUGUUCUUGGGGUACAAUCAUUUGAGAUAAUGGCUAUAGCAGCAGUUGGGAACAACCUUAUUACAUAUCUGAUAAAUGAGAUGCACUUUUCGCUAUCAAAAUCAGCAAACAUCGUGACAAAUUUCGUUGGUACUGUGUUCAUCCUUGCCCUCUGUGGUGGCUACCUCUCUGAUUCUUAUCUCGGUUGUUUCUGGACUAUGCUGGUUUUCGGUUUUAUUGAACUCUCCGGUUUUAUAGUGUUGUCAGUCCAAGCUCAUCUCCCUCAACUGAAGCCACCAAAGUGCAACAUGCUAACAGAUGGAGACGAAUGCAUAGAAUCUAAAGGAAUGAAAACCUUAAUAUUCUUUGUAGCUCUCUACUUGGUAGCAUUAGGGAGCGGCUCUCUGAAACCAAACAUGCUUGCGCAUGGUGCUGAUCAAUUCAACAAAAAUAACGUAAAACAGCGCAAGAUGCUCUCUAGCUACUUCAACGCUGCCUACUUUGCUUUCUCUGUUGGUGAACUCGUUGCCCUCACUUUUCUUGUUUGGAUUCAGACACAUUCGGGUAUGGAUAUUGGUUUUGGGGUGUCUGCCAUUGUCAUGGCAAUGGGUUUAAUCUGCUUGGUUUCUGGUACCAUAUUUUACAGAAACAAGCGUCCUCAAGGAAGCAUUUUGGUGCCUGUUCUACAAGUAUUCGUUGCUGCAAUUCUGAAGAGGAAACAAGAGUUCCCAGCUAAUCCCCCCAUGCUUCAUCGAAACCAAUUCGAACUUGAAAAUAGUGAUUCUACCCUUUCUAAUGAUCCUACCAGUCUUCAAUAUACUAACAGACUCAGGUUCUUAGACAAAGCAUGCUUAAAGGAACAAGAACCAAACAGCAAUAAUGCAUGGAGGCUGUGUAAAGUAGAGCAGGUUGAGCAAGUGAAGAUCCUAAUCUCCAUCAUCCCAAUAUUUGCGAGUACAAUUGUCUUUAACACAAUCUUAGCACAACUGCAAACUUUUUCAGUGUCACAAGGAAGUGUGAUGAACACCCAAAUCACAAAAUCAUUCCAUAUCCCACCAGCUUCACUCCAAGCCAUUCCUUACAUCUUUCUAAUCUUUCUAGUUCCUCUUUACGAUUACUUUUUAGUGCCUUUUGCACGAAAAAUCACUGGCCAUGUAUCCGGAAUUACCCCUUUACAGCGCAUCGGUUUUGGCUUAUUUGUUGCAACUUUUUCCAUGGUAUCCGCUGCUUUAAUGGAGAAAAAAAGAAGGGAAUAUUUUUCAAGAUCUGGUCAAAUGUUAUCUAUUUUCUGGAUAACCCCGCAAUUCUUAAUCUUUGGAUUAUCAGAAAUGUUUACGGCUGUGGGGUUGAUCGAGUUCUUUUAUAAGCAGAAUUUGAAAGGGAUGCAAUCUUUCUUGACAGCAAUAACAUACUGUUCAUACUCAUUUGGGUUUUAUCUAAGCUCAGUGCUUGUUUCUUUGGUAAAUAAGAUCACUUUAAGGUCGUCCGAUGGUGGAUGGCUUGGAGGUGUUGAUCUAAAUAAGGCCAGAUUAGAUCUUUUCUACUGGCUGCUUGCAGGCCUAAGUUUGAUCAACUUCCUCAACUAUCUCUUCUGGGCAAGAUGGUAUAAUAUUUCAUGUAAUCAGACGUUAUCAGGAAGAACACACCUCGAUUCUACCAAAGAAGAUUUUCAUAGUAUCUGCAUUAAUCGUGCUCAGGCUGUUGGAGUUGAAAAUAUAACUUAAGUUUUUACUUCGCGAAUAUGUAUAUAUAUGUACUCUAUCAAGUAGUUAAUUGCUGAUAUGCAAUAUAGAAAUAAUAACAUAUAGAUGAAGAUGCAAGUUCAUAAUGCCAU